AUGUCUGCAGCAGCAGAGAUAAAUGGGCCAAAGCUCUCUCCACUAAGAGAUGAAUUUGAUUGUUGGCAAUAUGAUGAUGCACCAAAUUACACCAUGAAGAAACUUGCUCAAGUAAUACAAAGUAAUGUUAUUAGACUUACCAAUAAUGAAUAA